AUGGACAAAGCCAAUCUGUGCACACACCUGAGCCCAGCCAUCUUCAGGUGCCAGAUACUUCCUGGCUCAUGGCGGCCGAGGCAGGCCCAGGCAGGGGUGCAGCGCUCCAGCACCACACCUGCCGACCGCAGGGGUCGGCGCCCUGUGGAACCUCUGGCCCAGGGUCCCAGCCACCUCCAGUGUGGUCUUUCAUGGAGGGUCCAGCUCCAGUCCGAGGUGACCUUUCCAGGCUCCCAGCAGCCUGGAGGAGGAGCCCGCACUGUCAGAGGGACGCCGGGGGUUUCUUUGGCAACGGUGGGGCGGGCCUCUCCCCGCCUGACCUCCCCGGACCCGGAGGCCUGGGUGCCCGGGUCCUGGCGCUCUGCUUGCCGCUGGCCUUUGAGCCAUGGCUGCCGCCCCGCACCCUCCCACGGACGGGGAGGCCUGGAGCCCUCCAGCAGGGAAGACAAGCUCCAUCUGCCUGCAGCCGAGGAUGAAGUCAUGGCUGCUGUGAGGUGGCCUGAGCCCUCCCAGCAGGCCGGUGCCCAGCGGGGAUCUCCCCACGUGGCCUGGUCUGACUACCCCAAGGAGCCCGGCCCCCGGGGGAAGGCCUGUAGCCUCCUGGUGUGGUUGACAGAUGAGGAGGCCAAGGGUGGGGACAGCUCGGUGUCAUCGGGCCGCCUCUCCGGCUCCUCGGGGGGCCAUGAGUCAUGCACAUUUCCCCACGGGACCUGGAAGGAGAGGACCCCUCAGGUGCUGGGGCCCCCGCCGCAGCCCAGGGAGAGCACUCCCCGGCUGGAGCAGCUGAGGGACAAGAUCCGGGCCCAGGCACAGUGGCAGGCGAGCCGCACCUCCCUGGGCACCUCGGCACCCGCCAGCGCCUCAUGUCUCUACAAAGCCCCCACGCCAGCCCCCCGGAGGAAGGCCCGAAAGCCGACGAACCCCGCUCCAGCCCUGGCCUACCCAGGCUCAGGCAUCCUGAGUGCGGCUGAAAGUGGAGUCGAAGACAAGGCAACACCUGGCCAGGGGCGUGAGGCCUCCAGGGUCUCCCAGCGGCAGGCCUCAGCUCCACGGGAAAAAACCAAAAGGAUGAAAAGUAGUUCUUGCAAAAGAGAGAAGACCCCCAAGCUGCCCGCCCCUAGGAGAGCUGCCAAAGACACAGAGCCCAGCUGUGCGUACCUGGGCCCACGCCGGGGCACCUUCUCCAGGCCCACCCUCGGGGCCUGGGCUCUGGGACCACUGUACCACGGGCUUCGGAGACACCAGCCAGAGCCCCCUGGUUGGAGAAAGCCCUGGGAGGCUGAGGUCGGCUCUGUGGGGCCCCUGGUCUCGGAGUCAGCAGCACUGGGGGUGGAGCUGUUUCUGAGCAUCUCUGUGCCUCAGUUUCCCCAGGGCCGGCGGUUCCAGCAGGAGGAGUACCUGUCCUCCUUCUCUGGCUGGAGGUGGGCCCUGAGUGAGGUGGGGACGUGUCGGGAAAACCUCCACUGGAACCAGAAUUCUGAGUUGGCUGGUGUUUACGCUUGGAGAAAAGGACAAGCUCUGGUGAGGGUGCUGCUUGGGCCCCCUCCUUCCCUCCCUAGGCUUCAGAGCAAGGCACCCUCAAGAGACGGGGCCCCCACCGCGGAAUUAGGACACGGCAAGAAGCUUGGAGCUGGUGAGAGUUCCCCUGUCCGCCCCCGGCUGCCUAGAUCAACCUCUGUCCGCAGCGACCCGCAGGUGUCAGCCAGCGCUCCCCACCUGGCUUCCUGCCAGCGGCCCGUGACCAUCCAGGCUGCUAUGGCUGUCCUUCAAGACCUCCGCCAGCAAAUCCAGGCCAGGCUGGAGCUGGCCCAGGACAGCCACCCAAGGCGAGGGCUGGAGCUGCGGGACCUGGCGGGGAGGAGGUGGCAGAGCCCCUGGAAGCCCCCAGACUUGCAGGGCUCCUGGAAGAGCCCUCGGGCCGUGACGGAGGGGGUGCCUGCCUCCGAGAGGGCUGGGAGCCUGCCCACGGUGCCGAGCUGGAGCACCUUGGCCAGGUGGGAGUCCUGUCCGCAGAGGACCUGGGCGGCCCAAGGACGAGAUCCCUCCUUCCGGGGGCCCGGGAGCCCCACGGAAAGGCUGAACUCCUUCCCUCAGCGGCCCUGGAGCGCCUCGGCCAGGCGGGCCUCCUGUCCACAGAAGAACUGGGCAGCCCAAGGACGAGAUCCCUCCUUCCGGGGGCCCGGGAGCCCCACGGAAAGGCUGAACUCCUUCCCUCAGCGGCCCUGGAGCGCCUCGGCCAGGCGGGCCUCCUGUCCACAGAAGACCUGGAGGGCCUGGACCGCUUGUGAAGACCGGCAGGCCCCUGCCCGAAGGCCAUGGAGCCCUCUGGAAAGGCCGAGCCCUCCCACCUGGCGUCCCUGGAGUGCCGCCUUCACGCAGGGGGCCGGCUCCCUGUGCCAGGGCAGGGGUCCACUGCUGACCCCCUCGGGGGCGAAGCUCUCCUGGCCAAGGCCCAGCCAGGAUGCCCUUUGGAACAUGCCUGGGAAGGAGAAUGAGGUGCGACCCCCGCCGCCCUGCCCGAAGCCCCGGGGGCCCCUGGGCCCCCUCCACGGCUCUGAGUCCCUGCGGGAGUUCAUGCGCCAGAAGACGGCGGCCUGGCGGCAGCAGGCCCUAAAGAAAAAGGCCACCGCCACGCAAGCGCUGGAGCUCAGAAACCAGAGGCUGCAGGGCGUCUACAGGAAGCAGAGGGAGGCCGUCCCCGUGGUCUCCCAGACGACGCCCGGCAUCGUGACCUUCGUCCCACAUUCUGCACAGUGCAGGGGCCUGGAAGCCGCCGGGGGCCCAGGAGCGCCUGUGCUGCAGUGGAGCAGGGUGACUUCCGGCAUGGUGCUGGGGGACCAGGAGGCCCCGGGCAGCUUCUGCCUGUGUUUGAACAGAGCCUUGAACCCAGCUGAGACUCUGGAGGUGGGAGGCCCCCAAGAUGGCGCCCCCCUGCUGACGUCGGCCAGUUCUUCCCUGGGCCCCCUGCAACUCCAGGACCUGACCACCCACUACCCAAGCCCGGGGCUGUGCAUCUACCUGGACCCCGAGGAGUCCGAGCGCCUGGGCACGCCGGGCCCCCUGCACUUCCGGUACAAGCAGGCCCGGCUGCAGGCCCUGGAGACCAUGGCCAACAUCCUGAAGCAGCGAAUCGACGUCCUCACCGACAGGCUGCACAGGUCCGAGGCGACAGACGCACCGGGGGGGCCCGUCCCGGGCCCGCCGCCCUCGAGCUCCAGCACGCCAGCCUGCCCCGGAGCCCUGGUGCCCAACGUGGGCGGAGGGGCACCCUGGGACUGGGCGGGCAUGCGGGCCAGGCCGCUUCUCUCUACCACCUGCUUCCCGGACACUGAGACGCUGCCCGGGAGCCCUGGCUGGGAACGGCCGCAGAGCGUGAGACCAAGGGGCCACCAGGCCAGCAAGCCCCAAGGUUUCGUGGAGGAUGGGCGCUCGGAGCUGGACAAGAGGCUGGCGAGAAACGUGGCUUCCUUCCAGGCCCUCAGCCCCUUCGCAGGGAGCUCACUCGGGGCGCCAGCCACGCCAGACCCCCGCUGCGGCUCCCUGCGGCUGGAAGAGAUGCGGUCGGCCAGACGGGCGGGGUUGGUCGCGCCCUGGACCCUCCGGAGCUGUGGUAAGGGCGAGCCUGUGGACAGGCCCUGGGCUGGCUGGUCGGGUGGCCAGGGAGCUGAGGAGGCUGGCCCAGGUCCCCAGGGCUGGUGCACAGCCAGGGCCGGGGGGGCGGUGCUCCCACCUGGUACCCUCCUGGGUUCGGGCCUUCUUCGUGGCAGCAGGCUGGGCCUAAGCCCCAGCGUGUGCGGAGUGGGCGUGGGCUGGACUGACAAGUUCGCUGAGCACCUGCUGAGCCUGGCACUGACCGGGCGCCAGGCCCUGCCCUCAAGGGAAAAGAGCCCGGGGCAGAGCGCUCCCUCCCCACCCUGCCGCCUCCCACGAGGACAUCCUCCAGGAGCCUCUGAGGUCUGUGUGGGUGGAGCUGUUGGCCAGGCCCCAUCCCCCCAUGACCCCCAGAAGGCCCAGGGCCCGAUCUUCCAGAAAAAACAGCUGCUCUCCCAGUUCUGCCUGCAGGGAGGCGGGGAGGUGGCUGGACAACGGGCUCUCAGCUCUCAGUCCCUCCUGCAUGAAGGGGUGGAGCCCCAGCUGCCCUCACGCUGUCCUCUGGACAGGGCUGGGCAGCGCCCCUCUCAGUGCAUUUGUGGACUGAAAUUCUCUGACAGGGUCUCUAUCCUGAGGCUGCAGGCAGCCCCAAAGAAUCAUCUGAAAUCUGAGCUGCUCCUGCCUGGAGUGGCUGAGAGCAGGAUCUCGGAAGCCCAACGCAAGCAGCCCAGCGCUGAGGCUGAGCGAGAGCAGGCCGCUCAGCCGCCCCUUUUCGUGGUUUCUGCAGGUCUGCUGUCCAACAUCCGGCAGGAGUCCCUGAGAUUUCUGGAGUCCCUGAAGCUAGACGAGUGGAAGCAGGAGCCGGCGCUGGCCCUUGUGUGGCAGCAGGCGGAGCUGGAGGUCUGGGAGACGCAGAAGAAGGGAAGGGGCCGCAUCUCCGAGCCCGCCCCUGCCCAGCCCCCCGGCCCAGCAGCGCCCCGCGAAGGGGAAGAUGGUGGUGCUCCAGGCCUGGCCGUGCUCCCUCUGCUGGGCACCUGCCACCCAACCCCCACCCCUGCCAUGUCCCAACAGAGAGGCCCACCGAUGGGGCGACCUGCCCACGGCCACAGAGGGUCUCAGCUCCUCCGGCCCGGCUCUGGGCAGACCUGCAGGGUGGCCGUCACCAUCUCCCCCAAGUCCUGGUUACAGCCUGUCUCUGCCCCUUGGGGAACAGGCAACCCCACACUCUUCCCAGAGCCUGUGCAGGAACGGAAACCAGACCAGAGCCCCUCCCAGCUGCCCCCGGCCAGGCUCCACCCUUGGGACAACCCCAUCCUCCAGGUACAGGAGAGGUCCCUGGUGGAGAGGCACGCAAGUGGGACCCAGUGGUGGUACUGGCACUGGUGGGACCAGACGCGGCCUCAGAGCCCGGCGCCCGCACGGUUCCGCCACUUCACGCUCCAGAUGCUGGAGCAGAGCCUGCGGGAAGAGGAGCUGCGCGCGCAGCACCAGGCCGCGCUGCUGCGCCUGCGCGAGAAGGCGCUCGAAGAGAAGACGCGCGCCGAGCUGGCCUGGCUGGAGCAUCGGCGAGGGUAUCUGAAUAGCACCGGCAGCUAUGCAGCGCUGGUGGCCUCGGCGGAGAAGCAGCACCAGGCCCUCAGCAACCUUGAGCAGGAACUGAGGGAGAUCCAGUACCUGCGGAACAUCCACCUGUUCUCCCACCAAGAGAGGAAGCUUCUCCUGCAGCAUCGGAAGGACAUCCUCUCCUUGCAGAGGUCCACGACCCUCUUGCGGCAGGAGCUUCAGGCCCGGAGCAGGCUGCCUCAGAGUUCCAGCCCCGAAGUCAAGGCCACUCGGGAGGAGGGCCCUGGGACAAGCCAGCAGCCGGAGGGGCCCGCCCAGGCCUCCUCGCGCCCCCCGCGCACCCCGACACCGCACAGGCCUGGCAGCCCUGGCAGCCACCGCCCCCGGAGGAGCCCCGAGAACCCGCAAGUCGCGCAGGCUGUGGGCAGAGGCCAGAGCGGCGCUGGCCCAGUGGGAGGAGCACAGGCAGGUUCUGGCACAGUCCCAGCUGUGCCCCUGGCCCAGGCCUGGCCUCGGGGCUACUGGCCCCGGUUUGCAGCAGAAGAGCCUCUCCUGGCAGAUGAGAGGGGCCCAGCCCAGGCUCAGUCAUCUGGGGCAGGGGCCGGGGGUCCUGGUGUGGGCGGAAGCAGAGCUGCUUUUGCCAUCAAGAGUUUCCUGAUGACCCCGCACCGCCUACUCACCGAGCAGGAGGACAGGACACCCCCCUGGGCAGCUUCGGCUGAGGACGGUCACCUGCAGCCUCCGAGGCUGGCGUGGGGAGAGGACACACCCGUGGCCAGCGGCCGGCCUGACGCUGGAGGCCAGCUGGCGGAGAGCCACGGCCACAUGGGCCAAGGAGACCCCCAGACCAAGCCCAGCCCCCAGCCAGCAGAGGAGAAGACCCGGGCUUCGACAGGAAGCCGAGCAUCAAACUUCCAGGGCCAGAGCCGACACUUACCAAGCGCAGGGGGUCCCCUCAGCCCCCGGGAAGCCAGUUGUUUCCAGCAGGUGGUUGAAGGCAGCGGGAGCCGAGCUGGGUCGGAACUGGGGUUGGGCUUUGCCAGCAGCCCCGUGGAGGAGCCCGUCACCGUGGAAAGCUGCUCAGGGGAGCAGAGGGUAGAGACCAGUUGGCAGGAGGACCCCCGUGCCCCUUCUUCCCGCCAGAAAGCUGCCCAGCUGACCGCCUCUCCAGCAGCUGCAGCAGCCAAGGUGGUGGCACCCCCUGCCCAGCACGAGGGCAGCCCCCUGGCCCAGCUCACGGAACCCUUGGACCUGGGCUCCGAGUCUGAGUCUGGUCCCAGCACUUGCUCGGGGUCUUCGGGGUCUUCGGCACGGUCCCCCACCCCCCGCUCAGGGAGCAGCCCGUCCUGUCCUUCCCUCCAGGAGUUUCAGAAAGCAUCCGCCAUCCUGGUCCAGCUUUCCGAGAGCUCCGUCUCCUUGUCAGAUGGGGAAGCCGGGGACACCCCGGGUGCAGACCUCAGCCGGUCUGGGGGGCUCUCUGCUGGAGGCUCCUGGGGGUUCCACUGGGGCGGAGGGCCGGAGACCUGGGAGGGGCUGAAGUGCAGUGGGGCCCUUUCCCUGCGGGGCUCCUGCGCUGGGGCGGGCGGCCAGGAGCCAGCAGGAGGGCUCCCCAACACCCUGUCCCCGCGUUCGGGCUCAGAGCUGUCAGAGGCAUCCAGCGAGGUCUGGGACCCGGAGGGCCUGAGGGAUCCUGGUGCCGGUGCUGGACUAGCCCCAGGGUGCUGCUUGCCCACAGGGGGCUCAUCCCACCUGGAACACGCUGGGGGGCCCCUUGUCCUGCCUCCCUUCUUGGGCCCAGGGGAGGGGCAGGAAGAUUCUGGAACCAGUGGGAGCCCGACUAGUGGGUCAAACGCGGGAAAAACCAAAGGGAGGUCCCCAGAGUCUGCCAACCCGACAUUCCCAUCCCAAACCUCUUCCUCUGGUGACUUACACUUGUCCCUUUCCUUUCUUUCGGGGACCUCGGCCUCUGAAGGGGCAGAGUUCGGCCAAAGAGGAGAGACGGGGCCUCCACAGGCCUCAGCUGGCUGCCCGGAGGGGCCCUGGGGUGCCCGCCCGAGUCCAUCCACUGACGGGAAACCCCUACAGGCCUCAUCUGAGCCUGAGGUCCCGGGGAGCCCACGGGCUCCUCCUGGGGCCCCCGGUGGGCCGGCAGCCCUGACAGCCGAGAGCCGGGCACCUGGGUGUGGGGAGAGCAGAGCCCCCUCUGUCCUGGAGGAAGCCUGCCCUCCCUUGGCCAGAGGCGUCUUGACUGAGAUCCUGUUCCCCGUCCGUGAGGUGCUGUCCUACGGCAGCACUGACCUCCCGUCCUCCGCCCACUGGGACACCCGCCUCCCUCCUCCGCUUCGCAUCCUCCCAGCAGACAGUGAGGCCGACCCUGCCAGGGCCCACUCAGAAGACUUCCUUUCCCCGCCGGAAGAUGCCGAGUGUCCUGGGGGCUCGUGGGGCACCCCAGGGGAAGACACCCCUAUCAUCACGGGAGAGCUGCCCUCCUUGUCUGAGGAGGGCCUGCCUGAGCCACUGUCCCCGGGGCCCCAGGAGGCGGGGUUCUGCCUGGGGGUGGCCGGACAGGGCAGAAGCCUUGGGGACGAAUUGGGUGAAUCCAGUUCCGUUGGGAGGGACCAGGCCAUGGGUGGCCAGUGGUCUGAACCGCUCAGCUGGCUAGGGUCCCCCUUGUGUGGGAGCACAGGUGAUGCCCCGGGGGGGCUCCCAAGGCUCUCAGCACAGCCCCCAACCCUAUCCAGAGUGGCCUGUGUGGCUGGGGACAGUCUGGCAACUGGGGACCCAGGGCUGUCCGGCUCUGGGCGGGGGGACCCAGCUCCGGGUUUGGGCUCAGGCCUCCGUGCUGACCUCCCGGGUGUGGAGAGAGCCGAGGUGGUGGAUCUGGUCUCCACCCAGCUCACCAGAAGGAUCCUGUGCGACACGCUGGCCGAGCUCUCAGAGGCGGCCCCGCCAGGCAGCCUGGCAGCGGAGGGGCCAGCGGGUGCCAGUUGUGUCGCCUGGGCUCACACAGCGGCCACUGGGCAGUCGUGGGGAAGACAGGACUUCUGA